CCUAGCACUUUGCUCUAUUUGGCACAGUGUGCUUUUGACAGUAGUCAGACUGAAGGCUCUAACGUAAUUUAAACCCGUUGCCAUCUCACUAUGUGACUCCUCAGAACAAGACAACUCUGUAGAGGGUCUUCCAUCCGCCAUGAACAACUAUGAGGUCAUCCGUCAGAUUGGAGAGGGUGCGUUUGGUAAAGCCUUCCUCGUUAGGGGCAAAGUGGGAGGUGGAGACGGACCCCGUGUGGUCAAACAGAUCAACCUCAGAAAGAUGUCAGCGAGGGAAAAAGAAUCGUCCAAGAAGGAAGUGACAUUGCUGUCCAAGAUGAAACACCCGAACAUCGUGGCCUUCUUCGGUUCAUUCCAAGAGAAGGGCAGCCUGUUUAUAGUGAUGGAGUACUGUGACGGAGGAGAUCUGAUGAAGAAGAUCAACAUGCAGAGGGGAGUCUUCUUCUCUGAGCAGCAGGUCGUGGACUGGUUCGUUCAGAUCUGCCUCGGCCUCAAACACAUCCACGACAGGAAGAUCCUCCACAGAGACAUCAAAGCGCAGAAUAUCUUCCUAACCAACCGGGGGAUGAAAGCAAAGCUGGGGGACUUUGGAAUUGCAAGAAUGUUGAAUAACACCAUGGAGCUGGCCCGGACCUGUGUCGGGACGCCGUACUACCUCUCACCGGAGAUCUGCGAGAGUCGACCCUACAACAACAAGACGGAUGUCUGGUCUCUGGGUUGCGUCCUGUAUGAACUCUGCACCUUGAGGCAUCCAUUCGACGGCAGCAGUCUGCGGCAGCUGGUCGGAAGAAUUUGCAGAGGGAGCUAUAAUCCGGCACCAAGCCACUACUCCCACGACCUUCGCCUGCUGGUCACCCAGCUCUUCAAGGUCAACCCGCGGGACCGUCCCUCGGUCAGCUCCCUCCUCAAGCGUCCCUUCCUGGAGAAGCACAUCAGCAAACACCUGGAUCCACAGGUGCUGCAGGAGGAGUUCAGCCACACGGUGCUGCAUCAGAACAGCAGAGCAGGAGCGUCUCAGCCUGUUAAAACACGAGCAGGAGCCGCAGAGAAGAAACAGAAGUCUGGAGCAGCAGAGCGGCCAAGAGGGAAGAAGCAGCUCACUAAGCCCGACUGGAACGUCCCUCUCAGAGUCCACGCUCCUGCCCACUACAAACCUUUUCAUCAAAGAGCCGCAGACGAGGAAGAUGAAGGGCGGCCCAGCCGAAGGUUUAAUGGGCAGCAGCCGGUCGGCCAUUACCAGCACCACUACGCCCAGCUGGACGCCUUUCAGAGGAGGAACAAGGAAGACGCCCUUCUUCCUCCUCCUCCUCCUCCUCCUCCUCCUCCUCCACUACCUCAGGAGCGAGAGAAGGAGCGAUGUGAAGAACACACUGUGGAACCACACCAGCUUGUGGCUGCAGCUCGUGACGAAUACCUGCAGAGGAGACACGAGGCCAACCAGUACAAGCUGAGGGCAGAGAAACAGCUGGGUCUGCGUCCGUGCACAGCUGAGAGCAAAAACAGGAAGCCCGGCGGUCAGGAGCAGGAAGUGCAACCUGAACAUCUACCUGCACCUCAGGAGAAGAGGCAGGAGGGACAGCAGGAGUACCUGCGACAGCUGCAUCUCAUCAGACAGGAGUAUCACCAGGAGAUGAGACAGAUGAGGCUGAGACCUGAAGUGGAGCCUCAGCAACAAAACAAACAUGUGACCUUUGUGGUGGAGAAACAGAAGCAGAGAGCUCCCCCUGCACAGCCUGGUGUCCUCCUGCAGGACGUGGAAGCAGCUCUCAGAGAGAUCAGAGAGGACAACAGAGAUCAGAAGAGGAAGCACGGAGACAAGAAAGGAAUCAUGUUUGAGAUCCGGUUGGAUGAGGACGCUGAGAAGGAGAAAGAGGAGGGAAAGGCUGCUGGAAGUCCAAUAAAGGCAGAGGAAGUGGACCCUCUGAACCAGACUCUGAGCUUCCAGGAGGGGGAGGAGCUGAAGCUCAGAGAUUGGUCAGAGGAGAGGAGGGGGUGGAGUCAGAGGACUCCACAGACUUUGAUGGAGGCGCUUGCCCACAUGGAGGUGACCCCUGCCCACAGAAGCGCUGCCGAGGCUGAACAAGAUGAGGAGGCGGCCGGUCGCAGACUGUGGGCCGCCGACCCCCCAGACACCCUGCUGAACGCUCUCGCUCACGCCAAACUCACAUCAUCAACUCUGGACUCAGUGGACGCAGAGCCAGAGGAGGACAGAGCAGAAGAGGAGAGGAAGGAGGAGGAGGAGGAGGAGGAGGAGGACUCCGAUUUGGAGAUGGAUGAAGAUCGUCUGGAGCCGAGGUCAGACGACGACGACACCAACUUUGAGGAGUCGGAGGACGAGCUGAGGGAAGCGGUGUCAGACUCCAUGAAGAACCUGUUUGUGAUGGAGGAGGGAAGCUGGGUCGAGGACGGGAUGAACGAGGCUGGACUUGAAGAAGUGAGCGCCGCGGAACCUCAACGGAACCGGCAGCGCGUCACGGCUGCUCGUGCGGACGCCGUCUCGCCCGAGGCCGGAGAACGUGGGGGUGAGUCCGAGCGCUCAGGCGAUGACGCGGCUCUGAACGAGCAGCAGCCGGCGAGCGCUGGUAAACAAGGCAGCAGUUACUGAAACAUGAAGUGUCUUAUAUUUGUUACCAUCCAACUGGGUCCGAAGGGGUUUGAAGCUCUUCUCACGAUCCACGCUUGAAGGACGGUGAAAGGUCAAGGCAUCCAAAUUUAGUGCAAUUUCUUACCAAAUGUCCAGGAAAGUGAAUCAGCAUUUCCAUCCACUGCUGUUGAGUGAAAUACUUAAUUGGUAAAAGAAGAUAAGCAGCUGGUUGAAAUCCUUAUUCAUUUAAGCAAUUUAACGCUGAAGAACAAGAGGUGAGAUCAGAUAAUUUAUUAAAAGUUGUUUUUAUGUGAUAUUAUUUACUUUCAACAAAUCCCACAAAAAUGUGUAAGUCCACCAAUUGGUUCCUACUGAAGAUAAAAGUACAAAUACACCAACAAUUUUCUAUUAUUAAAAAAAAGAGAAAGGCAGUCAUUUUCAAACUGUAGUUUAUUUCAAAUUGAGAUAUUGUUUGUGAU